UUAUGUACAUAAAUAGAUAUAUGCUAUUUGUAGUCACUAAUGAUUUAUACUUUAUAUAGGUCUAAGCUGACGCUGUGCAUUCGGCAAGAUAACGAAGAUGAGUAGGGAAAUGCCGUCAAGCUACCCGGUCGACCUGAACCCGCGUCGUUCUGGUCAUUCUGGGAGUCUGUUGAUCCUCAAUAAGUUCUCGGAAUUAAUAAUCUGGACUUUGACAAAGCCCGAAUCCAAGGCUGCUUACAUCCGAAACCCCAGAGUAUUAGUUCCCGGCACCUGCGAGAUGAAAUUACUAAUAAAAGAUGCGCGAAGCAUAAUCUACAUGUCAAAUCUCAGGCAGGCGGAACCCGAUGCUGACCUUGAUAUCGCUUCGGAAAUUACUUAUUGCACCUCAUCCCAUGUGCCCUACCUGAUUACUACUCUAUCCCGCGCAUCAUCAUCAUCGGCAGCAGCCACCAUCGCCCCGCCAUCCAAGCGUCUAGAAGCUGCUCAAAAUUUCAUUGCCAACUUCAACACACUUUCGGGCAGAAAGGGCAUACUGGAACACGUUGCCCAACUCCAUGCCGUCAUGAGCAGCUUCCCAUUGACGGUGAAGGAGUACAUUGAGAGCGACAGCAGUAACCAAGUCACAGUGUGGGCGAGGAGCCGUGCGAUGUUCCGCGACGAGGGGAAGGACGACGGGGUAUCUGAGGCGGAGUGGGCAUAUGGGGGGGAGUAUGUGUUUCUGCUGUGGAUGGAUGAGACGGGGGAAAAGCUUAUCAAGUCUGUGGAGUUUCUGGAUAGCCAGAGGACGGUGAAGUUGCUGGAUUUGAUGCAGAGGGCGGCGGCAAACAAGGCGAAGAAGGAUGCGUGA